AACGUUGGUAUUCCAAGUCAUGACACGUGAACAAAGCAAAUGAAAAAGUCUUUCUAAAGCAACGUGUUGUGCUGGUUUCUUGUCGGAAGAGAGACGAUAACGUCAAGUCCAAAACUUAUAUAUGGAGUCUAUGCAUUAAUAUAUUUUCAUUUUGUCCAAAUAAUAGUUGAAGGCUUGAAGCCUCUGAUCUACACAAGCGAAGGCCUUCUUCCUCACCAUUUCAUAUCCAGAAAUUUGUGCAUCUUAGCUUGGAUUUGUUGAUGUUGGCAUAGUAUGACUGAAAGCUAUAGUAAUGCAAGUGUGAGCUCGACUUCAAGUUUGAAUAGCAGCUUUCCAGAUACAGAGGAUGACCAAACCAUUGCAAGCAUUUUAGCAGAAGAGGGAAAUUCUCAAGUUGCAGGAAGGCUGGGGAAGAGACUCUCGCACUUGGACUCCAUCCCGCACACUCCAAGGGUUAAUGGUGAGAUACCUGAUGUGAAUGAUGCAACCUUAGACCAUGAGCGGCUAUCUGAAAGGUUGGCUACAUAUGGUUUAGAAGAACUAAAAAUGGAAGGUGAUGGGAAUUGCCAGUUUCGAGCAUUAGCAGACCAGUUGUUUCGCAGUCCAGAUUACCACAAACAUGCAAGGAAACAAAUAAUCAAGCAGCUAAAGCAUCACAGAAAAUUGUAUGAAGGAUAUGUCCCAAUGAAGUAUAGAAGCUAUGUGAAGAACAUGAAAAAGUCAGGGGAAUGGGGGGAUCAUGUAACCCUACAAGCUGCUGCAGAUAGAUUUGGAGCCAAAAUUUGUGUGUUAACAUCUUUCCGGGACACAUGCUAUAUCGAAAUCUUUCCCAAAGACAGGAGUCCAACCAGAGAAAUUUGGCUAAGCUUUUGGAGUGAAGUUCAUUACAAUUCAUUGUACGAAAAUGGAGAUGUUCCCACCAGUGUUCCCACCAGAGUAGCAAGAAAAAAGUACUGGUUUUUCUAGAUGUUUAGCAUGUCAUCCGCAGAUCGAGUUGUCCACUGUUCCUUUGUUUUCUAUACUUGUACAUAAUUCUCGAAUAAGCAAGCAACCACAGAGUAUAUAAGAAGCAAACAUGUAACUUGAUAUUGAAUGUAGCAUUAUAUUCAUAGUUUUUUUUUUUUCUUAA